UUUUUUAUUUUUAAUUAUUUUUUAUUUUAACUUACGGAUAACUAUGGUAGACAAUUUAUUUAAUGAUAAUGAUCCGGAUUAUCGAGCUACUCGAGUCCGAUCAGGCAUUCCCCCACCUUCCAUGCGCGACAUUCGACAUUCAUCAACAGUUCGCAAAGACAUGAAUCUUUCCUCAUAUAAUCCUGCUAUGCAACGUUAUCCACCUCGGUAUUCGCCUUAUGGACAACAGUAUGAACAAAGACAUCAAGAGUCUCAGUCUCAGUCACACCAUUUGAAUAAUGUACAUGAAUCCCAUAAUUCUCAACAUCAUCAGUCUCUUGUUACGCCUCCUCCUCCUCCUCCUCCUCGUCGUCUACCACCCAAACCAAAACCUAUUGAUUUUCGCACAAGUACGGACUUUUUAAAAUGUGAAAACCGAAUAUCCCUUGAUGAUCUUAUUAACGCUCUGCGUGAACCCACUCAUAUAAUCACUGAUCAUGAGUUUCUAAGCUCAACACCAGUUGUCGAACGAGUGAAUGAAUUAAGAGAAAAGAUGCGUAAUAUCCCGAUAUCACAGUUUUGCACUGCACGAACCAAGGCAAAUCCCUUUGAACGUAUUGGGACUGCCCAUUUUAUGAAUCGAGCUGCGACCAAGUUAGCGGCCUUGGAUGCUCUCUUCGCUUUAACGACUACAAAGAAUAAUAAUAGUGUGUUUCGAUUUGUGGAUAUCUGUGGAGGACCUGGAGGGUUCUCAGAGUAUCUGUUAUGGCGUGUGCAAAGCUGGGGUGGCCAAGGUGAAGGUUAUGGUAUCACGCUUCCUACCAGAGAUGAAAUGAAUUGGCAUACAGAAAAAUUCUGCGUACCUCAUGACUCACUCGUUACCGUCGAUGGUGAUAUCUGUCAAGAAGAAGAUCGCAAUAAAUUUGAAAGGAUAGUAGGAGAUAACUUGGUGGAUUUAGCAGUAGCCGAUGGUGGACUUGAUUUUUCAGGCCGUGAGGAUAAACAAGAAGAGUUAAUGCAGCGACUUAUUUUAUGUGAACUUUUAGUGGCCUUAAGUUGUUUAAGGAAAGGAGGUCUAUUUGUUUGCAAAUGCUUUGAUAUGGUCUCGCAAGGAACAGGGGCCUUAUGUGAGAUUUGCAUUACAAAGCCAUUAAGUAGUCGACCUGCAAAUGCAGAACGAUAUGUUGUCUGUAAGGGCCUAUUGUAUGAACGACCUCGAGCACUUAUAGACAAGUUGAAUAAAAUGGUUCAUCAAAAGGACUUUAAGGGUGUGAUACCACAAAAUGUAUUUGAAAACGAUGAGAACUUUAUAGAUUAUAUCAAGAUGCGAAAUAUGAAGUUUGCAAUGAAGCAAACGGAAGCACUUGAACUUAUAGAGCAAUACAUAGAGAAUCCGGAUAUGCCGCCUUUAUAUGAUCAAGAACAAGUGAAAAGACAUUGCUUAAAUGAAUGGAGAUUACCUUAUCAAUAAUAAAUUAAAAUAAGAAGCCUUUUUUUCUUUUUCAUAAAUAAACAAAAAAUACAAAUAUAUUAUUAUUAAUAAUAAAAUAAAUUAUUAUCAUC